AUGCAUAGGCUUCUUCUUCUACUUUAUAUGUCUGUUCUGUGUGUCUCGCGCUCCGGCCUCGUACAAGCAGACAAUGCGCCUGCUCCUUCGCCAAACCCAACACUUACGACGCCACCAGCAAAGUCGCCCUCUCCGUCAAUUUCUCACGCGUCUUCUCCUUCCAUUUCUCCGGCAUCGCCUUCGAAGUCUCCGACUGUAUCUCCGCCCACGUACACUCCAGCAAGUCCUGCGCCCGUUUCGAAUCCACCGGCGAAAUCUCCGUCCAUUUCGCCAGCGAAAUCGCCGUCGACUUCACCUGUUAAAUCUCCUUCCAUUGCCCCGGAAAAGUCUCCAGCAAGUCCGCCGACGCCCAUCGUUGCUCCGACCCAGAGUCCAUCGACAAAUGGGCCUUCUCCAAUACGGUUCCCUGCACCGGUUUCUUCUCCGAGUACCACUCCCGCGAGCCCCCCGGAAACGGCAGACGUUCCAGCAAGUGGCAUGGCUCCUGAGGUUUCGGCCAACAUUCCAUCAAGUUCUGCGACGCCUGGGGAGGCACCAGUAGUGUUUCCAUCUAGCAGUAGUCCUCCGAGUCAGGCGCCGGGGAGUUUUUCGGCGGAGACUGCAAAAGGUCCGGUUAGUGAUGACUCGGGUUCGGAUUCGAAGUACAAGGCAGGUGUCAUUUUGAGCGGAUUGAGUAUAUUGGCGGCUCUGUCCUUUUAG